AUGUCAACCAAAGAGUCAACUGCAAGAUUAUUCAAAAUAAAUCAAUAUGCAAAAAGACAGAGACUCGGAACGAAACGAAAAUAUACUAUAAAUAGUGAUUAUAGUGGUUUUCAUUAUAAUGGUCAAUUAUCUAGAGGUGCAGAUGGUGGACAUUAG